AUGCAGGCAUGCCACCCGGCUGAUAUGGUUCCUAUGCGUAAGCCUAUAACGGAUGAAUCUAAGGGAUCGGAACCCAUCGUUCUACCGACAACGCCAUCUGACCCAUUCUCUGACAAAAGAUCUAGUCAGCCAACACUACCAGUACUACUACCACUACUACCUAUCUUACUGACCACUCGUCCUUCAACUAUUACGAUGUCCACCACAACCAUAUCAACGACGACGACAAUUUUAACAACAGACGCAUCAAGUUCGCUGCUUACUUCUACAAGGACGCUCGCGCCCACGACAUCCACGACAAGUCCAGGAGACGAUCUUACAGUGAAGUGGACCUGUUCAUCAGCUCUAGUGCAAAUUGAAACCAAUUACAAUUGGGAUCCUGAUCGAACGAACAUCUAUCGCGAUUUGCUCGACAAAAAUCUCUCCUUGCUUCAAAAACAUUCCAGCAAAUCAUUAAAUCAAUUCGGUCGCUUACUUCGAAAGGCAGCCAAAGUAGAGUUGGGCGAUCGGCAGCUGUAUGGCGAAGCCUUCUUUUUGCCAAAAAUCGAACAACCCUGUGACGAACUGAAGGAAUUUGUACGCAAGGCCGUUUCUUGGAGCAAAGAUAUUCCACGUGCUAUCGUUGCUUGCCGUUGUGAAACUGCAGUCGAGAUAUACAAAGUGAAACCACAACAACCUUCAAUGUUCGAAAUUAUUUGA